CUUUGUUAGUUCUUCUAGCAAGUAUCAAGUGCUUCAUAGCGCAGAGCUGGACUCAUAUUUCAGAAAUCAUGUCCGAAGCGGAGUCAGCCUCGCCAUCCCCACUACCAGCAUCUCUGCUCAAAGCCUUCUCCAACACUCUCAUACUUGAGAACAUUAUACCGUAUCUGCCGCUCCCGACGAUAGUCUCUUUAUGCAGCGCUUCCAAGAGUCUCAGGGAUGUACUCCUUCACGAGCCCAGCGUAUUCCGCUACGUCGACCUAUCAAAAUGUCGAGGAGCUUAUGUCUCGCCCAAUCUAUUGACCGGAAUAGACAUAGGAGGCAACUCCUGGCGUGCGGAAAGAAUGGACGAGAAUUUGACCGAGGACGAAUUCUAUGCCGGUCCCUUGCGCGGCGUACUAUCGAAGUUGCAACGAUUGAAAGUCCUGCAAAACGUGCAGACUCUUGUCCUGGACGGCCUGGCUUCCGUCACCGCCGAUCUUCUCCACGACAUCUUGACCGGGCCCGAAUAUAAUGUGCGACUCCUGAGUAUACGAAAAUGCCACAAUGUGAACGAGCACAAGUUACAACAAUUGCUACGGUACCUCUGUCGGCCAAACAGGCCCGAAGGCACGCCACGAUUGCAAGGGCUGUACGUCUUCCCCCCUCUUGAGCAUGUAGAACAGGACGCCCGUGCAUUCGAAGGCUGCCACACGCUAAAGGUAGAUACAACCGAUUAUUCCAGUCCCAAUCACGAUCCCUGGUACACUGCCAGGGGACAGGUCAUAGCGCAGGGCCACGCACAACGCAGCUCUUGGGAAGAAACACUUCUCGUCUGCGCCGGGAUCAUCAGCUUCGACGCCGUGCUCUGCACGCAUAUGCACGAGGACAUGGAUCUCGUCUUGACUACCAGUUCGCGAUCCUUCCUGCAGGAGAGUGACUUCGCUGUCCCUCCUAUGGCGACCCUGGCACUCGGCCCAGAUGGAUGUGCGGACUGUGGCCGCACUGCCCUUGGCGCACCGGUCUGGGGCCAAAGCGAUAUUCGUGAGUUCCCACUAUUAUGGCCGCCGCCAGCGACGGGCAAUCUCAUCGACGCCGUGCGGCCACCGCCUCGGACUGGACCGGACGGGACGCUGGGGAGCCUUCCUCAACGACUCAUCGUCUCUUGCACAUGGUGCUUGUCGGACCGAUACUGCGAGAAAUGUCGCCGCUGGUGGUGCGCCGAAUGUUACAACGCCGGCACGUUCAAGAAGCCGAGCGACCUGGAGAAGUUGGCGGCGGAGAAAGGAUUCGGCGAGACUCUGAGACGCAAUGAAUCAAAUCCAUAUUCCAGAAAUAGUGGCAAUCAUUCAAAGGUAUUUGGUGGCCUUUGCAUUGUCAAUUGCCUCGGUGUCGUGUGGGCGGCCAGGUCGAGCGGUAUCCGUCGUCGGCCGGGAUGAAAAAAAGCAGAAAAGAAGACAAAACCAACCUCUCCGCCCCCGAGAAAAACAAGGGGGGGGGGAUGAGAAUGAAAAGAAAAGGAAAAGAAGACCAGAGCGCAAAUCCUUGCCGUGGGCUUGCUGCUUGCCUGGGCAAAUUCUUUUGGAUCAAAAAAUGCAACCACGCCAUCUCAAACUCCUCCCCGGCCAAGCGGCGGUGACGCGCGACUGCUUCGAAUGCGGGCGAGUCUGCAGCUUAUGUGCACCAUUGGCGGCGCGGACGUGCAAGCGGUGCAGGAGCGCAUAUUGUAUACUACAUAAUACAGGCUGCGAUGAGAUGACGUGCGACUGGUGCAUGUACCGAGGCGGACGGGGCACGAGGGAGCUAUACUAGUGAUUACAAGAGCAAACAGCAUCGGCAUUGGGCGUUGACUAAGACCAUCACCUGAAGAUCUCAAGGGAGGAAGCCUGCCUGCUUGAACAGGACUAUCAAGUGUUUUCUAUUGCUCGUUACUCGCGUCCAUACUCAUAACAA